AUGCACCGGCUCCAGAGCUGCUGCUCUGCUGUUGGAAGCAGCUCACCUCAGGCUUGGGUGGUGUUCAUGUCGCUCCUGGUGUCGGGGUUAAGUCCAGGGUCUGCAGGCUCGGGCAGGAACAUCAGCAGGGCAACGCCUGCUGGACAGAGCCGCCAGAUCCUGGAGGAGACCAGAGCAGGGACCGCGCAGGACAGCGAGGAUAAAUGGCAUACUCCAUCUCUCAAAAUACACAAUGCCCUGAGGCCGCCGGGCUGGGGGCACACCUGCCCUUUCCGGCCGGACCCAGCCCCCGACCCCCUACCCCGGCCGCGCAAGCACCGGGAAAGGCAGGCAGCAGGCACCCGGGAAGCGGAGCAGAGAUGUGCACGGGCCCUCGGGUUGGCCGUCGCCCUGAGGUCGAGCACCGACAGGCCCCAGAGAAGCUCCGACCCAGCAGGCCGCCCGGAGACGCGCGUGAACCAUCCCGACGUGGAGCAACCUCUGGGAGAACGGCAGUUCCAAGUGAAGGGACCAAGGUCUCCAGUCACUGCCCAGGUCAGAGAAGAGGCUGUGCUUCCCUGCCACCUCAGCCCACCCACGGAUGCUCAGAACAUGGAGAUCAGAUGGUACCGAGACCACCAAUCAGCACUGGUGCACGAGUACAGGGAUUCUCAGGACCACACGGAGCAGCAGAGUCUCCAGUACCAAGGGAGGACAGAGCUCCUGAGGGAGAACAUCACCCAAGGCCAGGUGGCCCUGAGGAUCCAUCCCGUCCUCCCUGCAGAUGAAGGGCAGUACAGCUGUGUCUUUGUAAGAUCCACACAGCUCAGCCAAGCACAGUUUGAGCUGCGUGUCGCAGCCUCAGGUGCCCCUCCUCACAUCCACAUUCAGCCUGCGUACACCGGGAGCAUUAAGAUGACCUGCUCAUCCUCGGGGUGGUACCCAGACCCUGAGCUCCAGUGGAGAGACCCACGAGGACGGCCUCUGUCACCUGGCUCUGUGAGGAAUUCUGUACAGGAUGAUGGCCUGAUCCACGUGGAAAGCUCCGUCACAGUGGAGGAAAGCUCAAGAGCAGAUGUGUCCUGUUCCAUCAGGAACGCUGUGCUCAGAGAGGAGAAGGAGUCGCGUCUCUCAGUGGCCAAGGCCUUGUUCCCCCGGGUCAGUGCCUGGACAGUGGCCCUGGCUGUGCUCCUGGCCUUCAGCUUGAUCAUCGCUGGUUUUCUUCUCCUGAGAUCUCGAAGAGCCCACGAGGGAAUUUUAGAGAGAAUCACUAAAGAACAUGAGAGAAUCGCUGAAGAACGUGACAAAAUCACCAGAGAAGAUGAGAAAAUCGCUAAAGAACAUGAGAGAAUUGCUAAACAACGCAGCGAAAUUACUGCUGGAGUACGUGAGCAAGAAAAACGUUUUGUAAAGCAGUGUCUGAAGAUAGCACAACGAUUUGCAGAGGACAUAGUUCUGGACAAAGACACUGCGCACCCUAAGCUCUUUGUGUCAGAGGGUGGGAAACGUGUUGAAUGUUUGUCAAAGGAGCAAGCUGUUCCUGAAAGCCCUGGAAGAUUUACCUCUCUCCGAGCUGUGCUGGGUCGGAACAGCUUCUCCAGUGGAAGCCAUUACUGGGAGGUGGACGUAGGGGAGAGUAAAUUCUGGAUAAUGGGACUGUGCUCAGAUUCGGUCAACAGGGAAAUAUUUAUCAAGGAUAUGAAUUCUGAGAAUGGUUUUCGGACCAUAGGCAGAAUUAUGGAUUAUUACUGGGCAUAUUCUCUACCCCAUUAUAAAUUUAAGGUUGUAGCACCUCCCUUGGUAGUAGGGAUAUUUUUGGAAUAUGAGCAAGGAUUGAUCUCUUUUUAUGAUGUGAAGCAAUUUGCUAUACUCCAUAUUUUCAAAGACAAGUUCACUGGGCCCUUGCGGCCGUAUUUUUUCACUGAGUAUGUCCUUGAAAGAAAUUAUCAAGGCCUUGUCAUCCCCCCAGUGUCACCACCAGAUGAAUCUGGUCCUCCCUAGAGCACACCUAAAGGACUUUUUGUGGGGUCAUCCCCAUGGACCAGGACAGCACUAGAGUCCCAGUCAGGAUGCUGCUGUGCAGGCCUGGGGUCACCUGCCUGCAAGGUCCAGGCUACUUUGCAGCCAUGUGGAAAAUUAGGUAAAAUCCCUGUUAUUUGGCCAUUUCCACUGCUCACCCCUGCACACCAGUUUCCCCUGAGUACACUUCCCUUUACCCCUGUCACUUUGAGGAGUGCAGCUUCUUCCUAUUCUCCCUGAUUUGAAGAUGAGAUUCUGAAAAGAGCUGGCUGCUCCCCUCACUCGAUCACUGCCAUGAUUUCUCCCCGUGCUUUAGCACAGAGUAGCAGUAGCUUUCUAUUUCACCAGUCACUGUGGCCUCUUGAGUGGUAAUGCCACUCAAAGAUGUUGCUUAUUUGUAUGACUAUGUCUCUGCUAAAAUCAAUGCACUCAGCUCCCUACUGUGUGGGAUAGCAACAAACUCAUUAAAUUGAAUCUUAUCAA